CCAAGAUCGUUCGAGUGCCUUGGUAACACCAGUGGUCUCUGACUUGGAUAUAAAAUGCAUCGUUGCGCCACCUAUCUCACGCACGACGUCAAGCAAAUCACAACGUUGGAAUAAACCUAUCUUUGGUUUAUCAUUUGAAGUCAACCUUACCACUGAUGUGGAGUGUUUCAUCAGUAAAACUCAGGUAAAUUGUACACCAGCACCUCACUUUAAAGCGCAUACACCCCUAUGCAAAUAGUUUAGCUAUAGACUAAAUUUUGAUCUCGGCAAGAAGACCAAAAUCCAUCACCACAGCUAGAAAGAGCAUGUUAAAAAUGCACAAUAAGUGUUUGUCCUGGGUUAAACCGGUUUUUCACUUGCGAAUUUUUUCGCGCGAAGCGAAUUUUGCAUUUGUCUUUGUCCAAUUAGUUGCAGAUGCUUCCAGUUGAGAGACCAAAGACAAAUAAAAAAUUCGCGCGAAAAAAUACACAAGUGGAAAACCGGCUUUAAUAUUUUUUUAUCUGCGUUUGUCUGUGUUUGGUUACAUUAUUUCAUGACAAGUAGAUCUCAUCAACUUAAGUUUUACCUUCGAUAUCCUUUAAAUAAUAUACAUUAUUUGAUUUUGUACCUAGGUUCAGCUCAUGCAAACUAUUCUCAAAGAAAACAUUAUGAACAGCGGUUUGUCCAACGAUGACGUCACCAUUGACGUAACAACAACUGACACUCGAACCGCUCCUUCCCAUCUGCCACAAGUAGCUGCGCCCGAGGAGAAACUGGACAGCGGUAUUGGCAGUGAAUUCUCCCAUAAAAACCGCCACGUGAUUAAGUCACGUGACAGUAAGCCCGAUGUUCAAGAAAUGGAAUGUCUCGUCACUGCCGGGGGGUUAUCUAUGUUUGUCUACGAACAUUCUAAGAUGGGGAAGGCGUGGAAUCGGCUAGUUCCAGUAGUACGUGUGUCCCUUAUACAACCAGCGUUUAAUUGUACAAGGCGUGCAGACAGUGAUACGAUUCAAAUUUCAUGUUUUGAUAUAUCUCUGGCUAAAUGCAAGUCCAACACGAGGAGUGCAGGUUCGUGUCUUUGUUGGUUGUGCAUUCUAGUUAAAGCCAAGUUGCUUUCUUAUAUUUAACCCAAUACACCCUCCGGGAAAUGCUCAGUCCUGGAAAUACAGAGUGUAUAAAAAAACCUGCAACACUAUAAUUUGCAUACAAUAGACAACUUGCAUGUUAGACUAAUUUUUUAUUUAGGGGGGAAAAAGUAAAUUCCCGUAAAGAACGUACUAAAAUCAGUAAAAUUGCAAAAUUUUGUUUUGCGUAUUUUCAGUAUGUUUGUAUUACGUGCGGAAAUUGUUACCAUUUUUGAGCCGGAAAUGGUAACAAUUUCCGCACGUAACACAAAUAUACUGAAAAUAUGCAAACUUUGCAAGGCUAUAUUUUCUGUAUUUUACAACAUUUCGCAACCAAAUUUUGCAACUUUACUAAUUUCAUUAUGUUCUUUUUAACUGUUGUGUUUCAUUUCCUUCUCUUUACCUAGAUUAGAAUUUAGUCUAACAUGCAAGUUGACCAUUCUGCUGCUUACUAGCAUUUCAAUGUCUGUGCUACUUAUCCUGGGAUUUGAAAAUACAUUCUAAUUAACCGCGUUGAUAGAAAUUAGAAUAACACAAAGUUAUUUGUAAUGCAGAAAACUAAUUAUUAGUUCGACUGCGAAAGGUUUAGAAUGCAUUGUAAUCGUACGAGCAAAUUAAAACCCACCCCUGGUCAAAAACCUUAAGAAAGGAUACCAUUCAGUUGCCACACACAUCCUUUACCACUUCUGUGACAUGAGUUUGAUAACUGCUUGUGCAAUUUUAUGCAGUCAAAAUUUUCAUGCUGCACAUGUACUUUCUUUGGAGACAAUACUCCUGACAAAUUGGAAAAUGAUCAACAUAGUCCCAUUUUUAUUACCCAACCCUUGAGUUGUUUUGUUUUUGCAUUUACCCAACCUUUUUCUCACACAAAAUUUUGUUUUUCAAGGGUUGUGUUAGUCCCCCUAAACAACGAAAUAUGUAACAAAAGGUUUCCUCUGUUAUAGAUAACACUCAACUGGUGCCCUCGGCACAGGACUAUGAUGUCAUUUGGUUUCGUACUGGAGAUGGCAGUCCAGACAAACAUACUGAGCUCACACCUGCAUUCGUGAACUUCACAUGCAAGCUAUAUCCAUCUUCACCUGGUGAUUAUUUUGCAAAAUUCAUUCAGAAAUCGUUUCCGUUCUUUCAAUUUCUAAACUCCCAGUUGAUAUACUGGUUAGAUCUAUAAUAAAAGUUCAAAAUUGACACUCGAAAUUGUAAAAAAAAUUGUGUUUCUUAACCAUUGAGAAAAAUGUGGAGUCUAACAAACUUGAUAUUUUAUUGUUUCUAGCUGACCUCAAGUUAGACUUUGGCAGACCGAUCUGGAUUGAUGUUGACUUAGGACUGUUAGAAAGACUAAAAGACUUCACCACUGAUCUCAAUAUGCAGGAAACGAAACUGGACAAUGAGCACCAAACUAGUUCAGAAUCCGACCUGAUGAAUAUUGUUCGUUCUGUGGCAAUAUCAACAGAUUAUGUUGCAAUUACCGCGACUGCUGGUCAGGACAUGGAGAUCGAUCCCGUAGUUAAAGUGUCAUGUUCGUCUAUGAAUCUUGGUGUCAGCCUCAAAGCUGAUGAACGCGAAGGUAAUAGUGUAUGGGCAAAGAUUUUAUGAACUAUUUACAACAUGAGCAGCAGUGUUUUAUACGAGGCGAAGCCAAGUAUAUUUAGGCCUGAUAAAACACGCACUGCGAAUGUUUUAAAUUGCUUCAAAAACGAUCGAUCUAGUAAGUUCAUUGGCGAAGUAAUUUUCAAAAAAUACGUUCUGUAAGUCGAGAAAAUCAAAGUUAAAGUUUGUAAUCAAGUAUGUAAAUCAAGGGAAAUCUCUAUCACAUAUGAAGAUACGACACGCUUAUGGUUUUUCAUUGUGUUUUCCUCAUGAAUUAUUAAUGAUUUUUGAAAUUUUGUUUAAAAGGCUUUUUUUUUCAAUGUCGCAGAUUUGCCAUGAAAAUGUUAAAAACCUAAAAUAUUUUUGACGUUUCUCUCAAAAUUACUUUGUUUUAGCUUUAUUUUGUAGUUUACACAGUUAGCAACCUUUUUAAAUGUAUCUGGCGGUUGAGAAACACAAAAUAAUAGUUAAAUAUUAUCAAUCUAAACACAAUUAUCAUUGACGCUGUAAAAUUGACGCCAUAUUUAUACAGCAAUAUAAGCAAAACGUACUGAACUUACGUAUCAAAAAUUUUAAAAAAUUGAAUAUUAGUCAUAACCAAAUACUGGAAAAAUAUAUUCACUAGUUUUGAGCGCGUGUUACAGUACGUAACAUACAGUACAAACGAUUCUUCUCUUGCCGAUUGAUAAGGUAUAGUUGUUUCAUUAUUCUAAAGAACUUACAAAGUUUGUACUACUGUUACCUAAGUGUUUAACAGUACAGUAUAACUACCAACAGAAAACCUACAAGCUAGAUCAGUAAUGAUCAACAUUUCAUCACAGAUUUUCGACUUGUAUUUUUUUAGAUUUUUGUCAACGUAUUGCGGCAAACCUUCAUCUUUGUGCCAUCACUAUAUCAACAAGUAUUGAUGAUAAACUACUUUCUUUCCUACUUCCGUAUGAUGCAUCCAUUGAUUUGGAAUUGUUCUGUAGUUCACCAUCAAUUUCUCAAGAUACGUACUGGUAAGCAUAACAUAUAUACAGUCGAAACGGCACUGUAACGUAUUAGAGAGGGUCUGUAUUAGAGAGAUGUCUGUAUUAGAAAGAUGUCCGUAUUAGAGAGAUGUCCGUAUUAGAGAAAUGUCUGUAUUAGAGAGAUGUCUGUUUUAGAGAGAUGUCUGUAUUAGAGAGAUGUCUGUAUUAGAGAGAUGUCUGUAUUAGAGAGGUGUCCGUAUUAGAGAGGUGUCCGUAUUAGAGAGAUGUCUGUAUUAGAGAGAUGUCCGUAUUAGAGAAGUGUCCGUAUUAGAGAAGUGUCCGUAUUAGAGAGGUGUCCGUAUUAGGGAGGUGUCUGUAUUAAAGAGGUGUUCGUAUUAAAGAGGUGGCCAUAUUAGAGAGGUGUCCGUAUUAGAGAGAUGUCUGUAUUAGAGAGAUGUCCGUAUUAGAGAGGUGUCCGUAUUAGAGAGGUGUCUGUAUUAGAGAAGUGUCUGUAUUAGAGAGGUGUCUGUGUUAGAGAGAUGUCUGUAUUAGAGAGAUGUCUGUAUUAGAGAAGUGUCCGUAUUAGAGAGAUGUCUGUAUUAGAGAGGUGUCUGUAUUAGAGAGAUGUCCGUAUUAGAGAAGUGUCCGUAUUAGAGAGAUGUCUGUAUUAGAGAGGUGUCCGUAUUAGAGAGGUGUCUGUAUUAGAGAGGUGUCCGUAUUAGAGAGAUGUCCGUAUUAGAGAGAUGUCCGUAUUAGAGAGAUGUCCGUAUUAGAGAGGUGUCUGUAUUAAAGAGGUGUCCGUAUUAGAGAAGUGUCCGUAUUAGAGAGAUGUCCGUAUUAGAGAGGUGUCCGUAUUAGGGAGAUGUCUGUAAUAAAGAGAUGUCUGCAUUAGAGAGAUGUCCUUAUUAGAGAGGUGUCCGUAUUAGAUAGGUGUCUGAGUUUGAGAGAAUCUGUGUUAGAGGUGUCCGUAUUAGAGAGAUGUCCUUGGGGGAAAUGUCCGUAUUAAAAGUUGUUGGAUUGUUAUUUAUCCACUAUUUCAUACCCAUACCCAUACCCAUACCCAUACCCAGACGUGAAGUUUUAAAAUUGUGUUAUUGUGUUUCAGUGUAUCAGCUGUGAAAGAAAUCUUUGUCUGGUUGGAUUUAGGCUUACUUCAAGUUAACUUUGGUCAACAACAUCUCAGAUGUAUGAAUGCAUUUACCCAGAACGUUAUGGCAUUUAUAAACACUCAUUUUGGAGGAAAUGCCGACGAUAUUGACGCUAACAGUGCCUCGCUUCCAGACCCCACGUCAACCUUUCACCGUUCUGACGACGACCUGCGAACAGGUCCAUUUAAAUACGUUACGUCGGCAGGUAUGAUUACAUUAUCCCAGCGAGAAGAUCUCUUAGAUCAAGAAGAUUAUUAUUGCUGCUUGAACAACCUUUCGUUUAUAUUUUAUGCUAAAAAUAAUGUAGUUUUCCUCCUGUAGUAAUAUUGGAUCAAUAAGAAUGGCUUGUACUGGACCUCUAGAGAGAACAGUGUGGAACUGAUAGAGCUAUCCAGUAUAAAUAAAGUUAGUUUAGUUUAGGUUUCCUCCUGUAAUAACACUGGAUCAAUAAGAGAUGAUCCUCACUGGACCUCUAGGAAGAACAGUUUAGAACUGAGAGCUAUCCAGUAUAAAUAAAGUUAGUUUAGGUUUCCUCCUGUAGUAACACUGGAUCAAUAAGAGAUGAUCCUUACAGAACCUCUAGGAAGAACAGUUUAGAACUGAGGGCUAUCCAGUAUAAAUAAAGUUAGUUUAGUUUAGGUUUCCUCCUGUAAUAACACUGGUUCAAUAAGAGAUGAUUCUUACUGGACCUCUAGGAAGAACAGUUUAGAACUGAGAGCUAUCCAGUAUAAAUAAAGUUAGUUUAGUUUAGGUUUCCUCUGUAGGUGUAUGGUUCAUACUAGAUCUCUAAGAAGAACAGUUUAGAACUAAUAGAGCUAUCCAUUAUAUAUAAUGUUAGUGUAGUAGUUCUUCCUUGUUUGACCUCUAGGCAUAACUGUUAAAACUGAUUAUUGUUAGUUUACUUUAUAAGCAAGUGUUCUUUUUAUUCUAGCUUCCGACACUCGUCCCAAUCCUUACGAGAUUGUGUUUAGUGACGAGAGUCUACCUACAAUGACAUGGCGCUAUCCUGAACCACGUGCUCUGUGUGGCAUUCAUAUCAUUCCAGUCCCUUUCACGACGUUCACUAGUUAUCCCAGUCCUGUUAUGGAGGAAGAUCGCUUGGUGAGUUCUUCAUGUUUUUAGCUCUUC